UAUUGUUCCACCGAUACAUCAUACAGUAACAUCAUUAUUAAUUUAAUUUGAAAUACAUUUAUUUCUUACUUUUCCUAUUCUUAAUAAUCGAAGCACUCGUGAAGAAAAUAAAUUAUAUCUGUAUUCGAUACGAGCAAGCGGGCUCACCAUAGCGCUGGUCCUUACCGGCGUUGGUCAAAAGCCAAAAAUAUCGUUAUCUCAAUAUUAAAAAGUGCCGUAAAAAUAGUUAGGUUACUUUCCAUAUAGGCUGGGAUUUAAAGCGGAGCGUCUAAUGUCACACUAAUUUUAAUUGGUUUGGUAUAAAUUGCUUCAAAUGCAAUAACAGCGGUGUGUGUGCGCGUGUACUUGUCGAAAUCAAGAUAGGGCAUUAUGACAAAACCGAGGUUAGAAAACAGGUUCCUGUUAGGGGUGAGCUCGUUUCGGAGGUGAGGACUAAUUAUAUAGCUGACCCAACGCAUUUCAGUACUCAGACUAGUUAAGUUGAUAAGUUAUUCGGCUAUGGCUUUCUAACAGCUUAAGGUUGGUGAGGUCUGUCAUUACAAAUGGGCAUUUUAUUGUCUAUUACUGUCCAUUCUUUCAAAGGAAAUCGUAGUUGAAAACGAAGAACAUGUAGAGGCUCGGCACUGAACAGGGAGAAAAAGAACUGAGGACACAGUUGACUUGAAAUUCGAAACUUCUAUGAGGUAAGGAUUGUGGCGUGAAAAUUUUUCAUUAAAAAACAAGCAACCCACAUCGUUCGAGAAUAGUGCUUAUGAUUAUUUGUAAUAAAUAAGCUGGAAACCUUGCAUACGAAAAAAUUAGAAAAAACUCUGUCAUUAAUCAGAAUUACAAGCUAAUCUAAUCCCUCUAGAACUAUGUUACGACUUAGGAUCGUCCACUAACGGAAACUUCCUAAGGUGAUCAAUCAAUACCUCUUCCAGGAAAAAAUCAUCGACAACCGAGUCACACGCCGCUUAUUUUAGCCAUGGUGUUGGCCUUUUUCCCUAUCGACAUAAAUACCUUCGCUCUUUUUGGCCAUCUUGGCAACUAGCUGUUUGUAAAACUACAGAAAGAAGCAUCAAGGACAUCAAGCUGUGACUUUUCAAGUAUAUGGAGACGAAGCUUGAUUCCAAGAUCCAACUUUGAAUUUCGGGUUAUUAUGAUCACUGCCCGCAGGCAUAUCGUAUAGCAGGCCUUAUUUUUUUUUCAGUGGUGGGCAAUAAAUCUAGAAAGGUACCACAAGCAGAACAGAUUCGGUAAUAAAAAUCCUGCCUCUUUGGCUCCCGUAAUGGGCUUGACAGGACUGUUUCAUAUCGAAGGUACAUCUGAUAGAACUUACAACCGCGGCGCCGGAUGUAGAACUUGAAAUAUUUAGCUCAGAACGUUUAUGAACAAGGUUUCUUUGAUAUAUCUGUCGGCUACAACGAUGCGGCUUUGUCGAUAGCUGGAUGGUUCCAUUGUAGGGUUCCUUGGUCAGUUCAAGGUCACGGAAAGAGAUGUAAUUAAAAGUAUAUAAAUGAAAUUCGUCACGGCACGAUAAAGCUCUGUGCUAAUGGCUGGCAUGUCAUUUCUCCUUUCUAAUUCGAUUAAUCUUUACGUAUACGUGAUGUCGUAUAGAGUGGAUAGCUCGACGGUAAACCUGAAUUGUUUUUUUACGGAACUGAGAACUUUAAGCACUAGUAGAAAAAGUUUACUGCCAUCUUUUUGUAAAGCAGUUUAAGGAGAAAGCUGGUCUAACUUCAGCUAAGAAUUGAACUCCACACUUCAUAGUAUGUACAGCUCCUUACCUAACCCAGCAUCGCGAUGUUCUGCAAUUGCGAUCUGCCGCCAUAAUGGCGUGCAUACAAUACAUGACAACGUCGCUUCCCAAAUACGUUCGUAAACGAAAAGCAAUUAUUUAUUAGAAAGUGUUAAUUAACGAAGCUUUUUGUUGAACAUAAUUCUAUAUACUGUUACAGGAAAGGAACGAGAGAGUCGAGUCUCAGAACAGAUUCAUGCCUAUAAUUUAAGAAAAGAUUGACUCGCAAAGGAAACGAAAGCGGCCUGGGGGCCAAGCUCCGGGUCUACUCGUGUUUUGAGAAGCGCUUCAACUAUCAGAUGCAGUACACUUGGCUACAUAAGGAAGAGUACCUAAAACGGCAGGUUCAUGUAGCUUUAGCACUGAUGUCAAUUCUUGCUAUGAUGAGCGCCUGUAGAAUUACUGGUGCCAUGCAAACGCUGUUUCUAUACUCAGAAACUUCUCAGACAGUUCCAAUGGUGGUGAGAGAACGUGGAAGAUUUAUAGCGACCAUCAAUACGAGCUCCGAUAGAAAUUGUCGUGUACAAAACCAAUCAGGGAAUAAUCCUUAUUCGUUCCUGUGGGAAUCGUUGCUAACUAUGUACGACGAGACACCAUCAAUAUUGCAGGAAGUUGCGUUUACUCUGCUACAGGGCACAUUAAGCUCUGUCGGUUCACCACUUCUGGUGUUUAUCGUAUACUCGGUGGCCAUAGGCGCUCAAUAUGGGGCUCUAAGUGUGGAGUAUCGGCUGGAGGAGCAUAGCAGUCUAAACGCUGUUGCAGAUCUGGUAAUAACGGUUAACCAAGCCACGAUUAUUUCUAUCAUCGUCGCUUCCUCGCUGCUUCAUCUUCUGAUUGUUAUGACUUGCGCUUUGAGACUUGACCCGGACAUUCUGGUUGUGCCACUUGCAGGUGCCGCGGGUCAUUUCACAUACCUAUUCUUCUUUGUUUCCAUACACGAAGCCAAUAGCAAAGUUCGUCUGACUUUGUUCAUAUGCGAAAUAGUGUUCCUUGCAAUUUAUUGGAUGAAAGGAAUUUCAGGAGAUAAUCGGUUUCCUUUUUGGGAACUGCUACCAGCAGCAGCAACUUCGAUCACACUCUCCACGCAAUACGCUCUAAUAGAUUCAGCUGUAUACGAAGAGUAUCCAAAGGUUAAUCUACUCUUCUCGCUGACUGGAUUCGUGGCUGUAAUCCACGCGUCUACCAUCAGUUCUUCGUUUCGUAUUGCCACCGCUCGUUGCAUACCAUACACGCGUCCUUCGCUGCUAACCUCAACAUUGUUUGGUGAUGGUCCCGAACUUGAGAGAGCUUUACUAAGCAUCGCUUGCAUCCCUGGCCUGGGUCCUCUACUGAUGUUGCACUCGUACCUCUGCGGAACGUCUUUGGCUGUCAUUCCGGGUAUUCUCUUGAUUUGUUUUGCUACCUUGUGGCUUCCAAUUCUCCUUUUUGUUGCUAGGUGGUCGAAUCACCUGUUACGGCAUAUAUACGGAAAACAUAUACGCUCAGGUUGCUGUACCAUUGCAUUGCUGGAAUUUAUUCAGCAUUUAGCACAGAGCAUAGUAUACUUCACGAUAACUGGAUUACUGGCGAACUUCCCAGAAACUACUCAUGUCAUAGGAAGAAAUCUGUCAACAUACGACGAAAAAGAGAUGAAAGAUCAGCGUAUCAACAUUACUCAUUCUCUCCUAAGUUCUUAUCAGCAGAGUGGCCAUGUGACGCCAAAUGUGCUAAAUAUGUUAUAGAUAUAGAGAGACUGCAACUUGGUAAAACAGAAGGUAAAAGAUCUUUUCAUAAACAAAGAUUUCACUUAUCAAAUCAUAAAUGUAUUAACUUUCAUUUCUCCAUAUACAAAAUGUUCGAAAUAAAUUGGGAUAAACUUGAUAUCGCUUGCCUAUUUGC